GCAACCAGUCUAACUAUCCCACAAUUCCAUUUCUUAUGGCUGCGGCCAGUAAUUUUUAAAAACAUCACCUAUUUCUGCCAGUUUAUCUAAUAGAAAUGCCUUUAUAUUGAAUUGACACUGUUUUAAAAUUGUUCCAAGGUGAUAGAUCCCUGUUGUAUACAAUGACGGAUAAGAAAAGCACAGACGAGAUGGAGGCUGAUCUCAGGAAGAUGUUAGGUAAAGAACCUCAACAAAAGGUGCGGGAGAUGACAAACACACAUGAAAUAGAAGCAGAUUUGAAGAGAAUGCUGAACAUGUCUCAAGCUGUAGUUGUAACAAAAGAAGAUUUGUUGAGCAUUAAGUCAGCAAAGGAGACAAAGAAACCUCCUGUGAAGAAAAAGGAAAAAAAGAAACAUCAUCCAGAAGUUGAUCAUCAUCAUCAUCGUCAGCACCAGGAGGAACCUUUCAGUGCUGUUACACCAGAUGGAAGUCAACCAGUGGGUAAGAAGAAGAACAAAAAACCAAGGAAGAAAAAGAUAAAAGAUGCUACAAGUUUGAUAGAAGAAAAAGAAAAGGAAAAAAAGGAUUCCGAGGACAGUGAAGCAGAGGAUAGUAGACCUAAAUCUCACAAACAGUUCAAUCUAGACUUCCAUAGGGCAAAAUAUUUAGAUGACCAGUUGACGCAAGCUAUUUUGAAUGAAUUGGAAUCGGAGAGAAUAUUCCCAUUAAAAAAGAAGUCUGCAAAAUUUACCAACGCCAAGUAUUUCUGUCGACUGUGUGAAUAUCAUUGUGACAAUAUCCAAACGUGUAGACAGCAUGCUAAUGAUAAAAGGCACAGGCGAAGAAAAGAGAUUAUGUUACAAGACAAAAUGUUGAAAAACUUACCCCUGCCCUCAGAACGGCAUGUAGAAGCUCUGGAUGGCAUUGUGGAGAACAUUUACAAGCAACAUGGUCUUACAGACGAGGAGCUUAAUUACAGACAGACAGUAGUUAAUCAAAUACAGGACUUACUCAGAGAAAAAUUACAAGAUGUGAGUUUGUGUAUAUUUGGUUCAUCAAUUAAUGGACUUGAACAAUUCAAAGAUGUGAAGAGUGAUUUUCAAGCUAAGGUGCCGUCAGUACUUUUUACCUCCCCUUGUGGGAGUCUGCAGUGUCAGAUCACUGUAGGAAAUCAGUUAGCUUGUCAGACAAGUCAGUAUCUAGCUAUAUACUCACAGCUUGAUGAACGGUUGAGGAAGUUGGCAGUGACGUUCAAGUAUUGGGCAAAGGUUUGUGAAGUAGACAGUCAGGAUCGGGGAUCUUUACCUGCGUACUGUUUUGGUUUGAUGACAAUAUUUUACCUGCAGCAGAUCCAGCCACCAGUACUGCCUGUUCUCUGGAAGGAUUUGUCAGAGCAAGCAUUGAAGAGACCAAAGACUAAAGAAGAUGUCCAAAAUAUGUUUGCGGAAUUAAAACAGGAGGUCUGGAGCUCUAACAAUGAGCAUGCAGUGGGUACAUUAUGGAAGGAUAUGCUGAUGUUUUAUGGUGUACAUUUUGACCUGGCAGAGAACAUUAUCUGUGUAAGGUCACUGAAGGUGAUACCUCGAGCUGAAAAGAAAUGGAAGAGUAGGCGUGUUGCUAUUGAAGAUCCAUUUUCAAGCAAGAGAAAUGUUGCAAGAUCACUUCAGAACUUAAGAAUGUUUGAUUACUUCUACAACUGUCUCCGUAAAGCUGGUCUUUACUUCAGUCUUCCUACGUCACAUCAGAAUUUAUCUAAAUACUACGAAAGUAAAAGAAAAACCAGUCAUAAAGCUAAAGAAAAUGAGAAGCAGUCUAGGCUGCAGCAUACAGGAAGUGAUGUCUCUGCAGGUCAGACUGGUUCAGUAUCAAAGACAGAAACUAUAAUGCAUGUAGAUGAAAAUAUUGGGACCAUUCCAAAGGAAGAAACAAAUAAAAUGAAGGAGCAGGUCUCAGACUGUGAAAGAAAACAAGAUGAAUGCAUAGCAGAUAUAGAAAGUGACAGUAAAUUAGAAUCUGAUCUCUUAAAUGAUGAAGAAAUUAGCAGUGACUGUAGUAUAAAAGAAAACAAGUUUUUGGAAGAAUGUAAACUAAAUUUUUCAGAACAAGAAAGCAGUAGCUCUAAAGGAGAGACUGAUAAUGAUAAAGGAGGUGAAGAUUUAGUUCCUCACUUAGAAAAGUUGGCAGUGCAAGAGGAAGAAAAUGUUGAAGCAAGAGUAGACUUGUCUAAAGAUUGUGCUCUGAAUAAGUCUCAAGAUGUGAUAAUUGAAAAAUGUAAACAUGACAGUUUGUCAGACUGUGAUAUAGUGGAAAAUGAUAAUCAGACAAAAAUUGAUGGUGCUGUUCAAGGAGGUGUAUCCAGUGUUAGUAAGUGUACAAAUUGUGAAACAGUCCAACAAAAAGUGAUUGAGAAUUCAAAUGGUGAAAAUAUUGAAGACAGUCACAGUGAGUGUUUGAAGUGUGAAACACUAGAACACAAAGAUGAUCCUAGUAAUGUAACAGAGAACAAUGAAAAUGAAGUAAUCAAUUAUGAAACUAAUCUUGAAGGAUCAAAUGUAGCAUUUGAUGAAAGAACUUCCACAUCUUGUAGUGAAGAGAAACAAGAUCAUGUGUCACUUGGCACUGAAAAUGCAAGUGUAAUAGUGGCCGAUGUUGUAGAUUCUGUAAUAAAAUCAGUUAUUGAUCACUCUAGGGCAGAAACUGAGGAAAAUGAUCAUGUAGUUGAAAAUAAGAUUGAAACAGACGAAAAUGUUUUAGCUGAAAAAGAACUUGAGGAUAUAACUGGUUGUGAAGUUGAUGGUGGAGGAGAGGUAUCAGAUACUAGUUCAGGUUUAAGCUCUGAUAAUGACAUGGAAGCAGAGUCACCAGAUUCCAGUCCCUUGUUGAAACGAAAGAAGCGAGUAUCAAGUCCUGUUGGAGCAGAAUAUGAGUUUAAGUUUGAUUCUCAUACAUUGACUGAUGGAAAGGGUCCUUCUGUAUUCUGUCCAAUAUGUGAGAAAGAGGGACAUUUGAAGUCCAGCUGUCCAGAGGAUCAGUUGCCCAAUCUGAAAAAACUUCCACCAGUAACCAAAACACAUCUACAUUUGCUCACAUCGGUCAUCACAGGAGUCCCAAAAGAUUUCAAGUUAUCAAAUGAGGAGAUCAAUGACAGAGAGUUUGUGAGAAGAAAUCUGGAGGUCCAUAUACAGGGAUUAUACCCAGAUGCACAGUUAAGAUUGUUCGGAUCUUCAAUGAAUGGGUUUGGAUUUCAUCAGAGUGACCUUGACAUCUGCGUGACCUUCAAGGACAAAGACCCUGAGGACAUCAAUUUUGUUGAACAUAUAGAAGCUAUAUGUAAAAGUCUCAAGACACAUCGAGGAUUGUAUGCAGUAUUUCCCAUUACAACAGCCAAAGUUCCGAUCGUCAAAUUUAAACACCGUAAUAGUCAGCUUGAAGGUGACAUCAGCCUCUACAAUAUUCUGGCUAUGGAGAACACAAGACUAUUACAUGCAUAUGCUAACAUAGAUCAAAGAGUACAGACCCUUGGGUAUGCCAUCAAGGUGUUUGCUAAAGUUUGCGACAUCGGAGAUGCAUCAAGAGGCAGUCUAUCAUCCUAUGCCUAUAUGUUGAUGAUGAUACACUAUCUACAGCACACAAAACCACCUGUCGUACCAGUACUGCAAGAGCUGCACACUGGUGAUGGUCCUAAGCCGGAACGGAUUGUUGAAGGAUGGAACACUUGGUUCUUUGAUGACAUUAGUAAAUUGCCAUACAUAUGGCCAGAGUGUGGUCAAAACAAUCAGUGUGUAGGGGAACUGUGGCUUGGCUUCUUCAGAUAUUACCUUGAGGAAUUCAACUUUGCUGAGCAGGUUGUCACGAUACGACAGUUUGAGCCACUCACAAAAUUUGAGAAGCUUUGGAAUGGAAAAUGCAUUGCCAUUGAAGAUCCUUUUGAUCUUGGUCAUAACCUGGGAGGUGGGCUGACUAGAAAAAUGAACCAUUAUAUCCAGUGUACCUGUGUUAAUGCCAGGGAGUUGUAUGGGACAUGUAUCAAGGGGAAACCUGAAGGCUUCAAUACUAUACAGGACUAUUUCUUUGACCAGAGUCAGUUGGUAGAUGGGGAACCACCUUCAGACAGGUUGUGUCGUGUUUGUGGCAAAAUAGGUCAUAUUGCCAGAGAGUGUCCACGCCUUAUUGCCAAAAAAGAAAGGGAAGCUGCAGAGAGGAAGAGGAAGGAAGAUAUGAAGAAAGCAGAGCAGGAUGGCGUAAAUGGUUCCCCGCAACAUAAUAUGGGACCUAGACACUUUCAGAAUAGAGACAGACAGAAUACUCAAAGAUCAGUGUCAGACCCAGUAAAUGGAGGUAGUCCUGUAAGAGGUCAAGGUCAUCAACAAUUUUACAAGAGACAAAACUCGCAGCCAAGUCAGUCUCCAGAUUCAAUACAGAUGCGACCUUUACUAAAUAUACCUGUACCAGACCGCUACAACGGGAAUUAUCAAGGUCCUCGAUCACCUCAUCGUGACUUCCAGCAGCACUAUGGCUCAAACCGGCGACCUCAAAGCAAUUCACCAAGGACUCAUACUGCGCAAGGACAUUCAGGGUAUAGACAGCAAGGAUACCGAAAUCAACAAAAUCAGCAAUAUUAUCCUGACAACCACAAUGAUAAUUCUAGUCAAAGAUUCCAUAAUCAAGGUCAAGGUCAGAAUCGUAACAGAAAUGGUCCACAAUAUUUUGUGAACCAGAACUAUGAUCUCAGAUCGCAGCAAAACGCCAUGCAGCAGGGAGAUAGCAUCAAUUACCCAUCAUCCCCUACCGGGCAUCGAAAUCGUCCACCGUUCAGGAAUCAAUACUAUGAAGGAUCCCCUCAGGUAUUUGUUAGUUCAGGCAACCCUGAAAGUGAUGGACUUCCAAGGGUGUUAUUUACUAAUCCACCAUUUAACAUUCCAGUGAAUGUUUUUUCAUCAAUGCCUCCUAUGUUUGUAAAUUCAAGCAUGGCUGUAAAUCAUGCAUAUCAGCCUUUGGUUCCAUUGGCAACUUCUUCAUCAAUGGUUAAUUUUCAAAAUAAUGGAGUACCAGUCUCUGCACCAGGCUGGUUCCCAGCAUUUGUUCCUUUGCCAGUCUUUGAUGAGCAGCCUGCAGCAGCUGGCCAGAAAACCAGUACUGAACAGGAAGUAAGUUCUGAACAAGUUCGGUUACAGGAGACUGAGCAGCUGUCAAAGUCUCCUUUAUCAGCAGAAAGAAAAGUCAGUGUGCAGAAGUCUGGCAAUAGGGAGAAAGUACCAGAUUUUGGGGUUACAGUGAAGAAUGAAUAUUACAGCAACAAGGAUUAAAGUGUUACCUACAUUAUCAACAUGGUGCUAAGAACUAUUGUUUCCAUGGUUACCAGAGACGUGCUUCACUUAAUAGACUGAGUGCUCUCUUUUAAAUACUGUUCUUAUCCCGCACAAGAGUUCCUGAUAUGCAUUCCAUUUAGAGCAUUCUCAUGGUAACAUAGAGCAUGUACACAGAAUAUUUUUAACUAUGAAUUAUGGGUAUUAAGUGAAUUAUUAGUAAUAAGAUAACUCUUGUGAACAGAUAGUUUAAGGGUGUAGAAUUUUCUGGUGUAAUAAAAUUUUAUUUUUUGUCACAACAAAAUUCUGUUCCGUUGUAUCAAUUUUGUAUAGUGAAUAUGUAAAUUAGGAUGACAUGUAUUUUAACUGACUUAAAGUCUUUGUAGCGAUUUAGGAUGUUUUAAAAGAUUUGUUAUUCAUAGGUUUUAGAAUAAUUUGAAAGACAGAAUUUCCUCUUUCUGUCAAAAGAAAAAAUGUCAAGAAAAUGCAGCACAUUUGUAGAGAGGUUCAAACAAAACACUAAAUGAGCCGUGCCAUGGGAAAACCAACAUAGUGGGUUUGCGACCAGCAUGGAUCCAGACCAGCCUGCGCAUCCGCGCAGUCUGGUCAGGAUCCAUGCUGUUCACUAACGGUUUCUCUAAUUGCAGUAGGCUUUAAAAGCGACCAGCAUGGAUCCUGACCAGACUGCACGGAUGCGCAGGCUGGUCUGGAUCCAUGCUGGUCGCAUACCCACUAUGUUGGUUUUUCCAUGGCACGGCUCAAAUAUGUAAAUGCAUAAUACAGGGGUCAUACAACUUCUUUAUGAAAAUCUGAUUUGCACUGUGUAAUUUUUAGCUGUAUCCUCUUCAAAAUGCAUGAUCCGUUCUACACAGUCGGAUCAUAUGAAAGUUUCUGUCAUUUUUAGACAUCCAGAUUUUAUCAGCAGAAUAAUUCCAUACUGUUGUAAAGAUAUAUUUCACCCAUUGAAUAAUUUGUGAGACAUUUUCAAAGUUUUUUAGGGCUAUUCAAAUCACUCUGCAUCCGUGGUCCGUCGUCCUUCCGUCGUCCGUCCUUCCGUUAACAAUUUCUCGUUAUCGCAUCUCCUCAGAAACUACCAGGGGGAUUUUGACCAAACUUUGUCAGAAUGAUGUAUUGGUACCCUAGUUGUGUCCCCCUGAAAAUCAGACUGGUUCAACAACUUUUUAGUGAGUUAUGGCCCUUUGUUUAUUUCUAUAAUUUACAUAGAUUUAUAUAGGGAAAAACUUUGAAAAUCUUCUUCUCCAAAACCACAGAGCCUAGGGCUUUGAUAUUUGGUAUGAAACAUCAUCUAGUGGUCCUCUACCAAGACGAUUCAAAUUAUUUCCCUGGGGUCUAAUAUGGCCCCGCCCCGGGGUCACAUGGUUUAUAUAGACUUAUAUAGGGAAAAACUUUGAAAAACCUCUUGUUUAAAAUCACAGGGCCCAGGGCUUUGAUAUUUUGUAUGUGACAUCAUCUAGUGGUCUUCUACUAAGAUUGUUCAAAUUAUCCCCCUGGGGUCAAAUAUGGCCCCACCCGGGGGGUCACAUGGUUUACAUAGACAUAUAGGGAAAAACUUUGAAAAUCUUCUUGUCCAAACCACAAAGCCUAGGGCUUUGGCAUUUUUAAUGUAGCAUCAUCUAGUGGUUCUCUACCAAGUUUGUUCAAAUUAUCCCCCUAGGGUCAAAUAUGGCCCCGCCCUGGGGGUCACAUGGUUCAUAUAGACUUGUAUAGGGAAAAGCUUUUAAAAUCUUCUUGUCAAUAACCUACAACAUUCAAAUUUGGACCACAUGUAUGGUUUUGAGUGGCAAGAUGAACCUUGACAUGAGUUGACCUUGAUUUUGACCUAGUGACCUACUUUCACAUUUCUUUAGCUACAGCCUUCAAAUUUGGACCACAUGCAUAGUUUUGUGCACUGAAAAAAAUGUUGACCUUGACAUUGACCUAGUGACCUACUUUCACAUUUUUGAAGGUACAGGCUUCAAACUUGGACUACAUGCAUAGUUUCAUGUUCCGAAAUGAAAUUUGACCUUGAUUUUGACCUAGUGACCUACUUUCACAUUUCUCAAGCUACAGCCUUCAAAUUUGGACCACAUGCAUAGUUUUUUGUACCGAAACAAACUUUGACCUUUACAUCGACCUAGUGACCUACUUUCACAUUUUUGAAGGUACAGGCUUCAAAUUUGGACCACAUGCAUAGUUCUGUGUUCUGAAAUAAAAUUUGACCUUGAUUUUGACCUAGUAACCUACUUUUACAUUUCUCGAGCUACAGCCUUCAAAUUUGGACCACUUGCAUAGUUUUGUGUACCGAAAUGAACUUUUGACCUUAAGAUUGACCUAGUGACCUACUUUCGCAUUUCUCAAGCUACAGCCUUCAAGUUUGGACCACUUGCAUAGUUUUGUGUACAAAGAACUUUGUCCUUGAAAUUGAUCUAGUGACCUACUUUCACAUUUCUCAAGCUACAGCUUUCGAAUUUGGACCACAUGCACAGUGUUGUGUACGGAAAUGAAAUUUGACCUUGAGCUAGUCAAUAAGUCUUGAAAUUUGGAACACUCAAAAAUGGCACAUUGGUGGGCGCCAAGAUCACUCUGUGAUCUCUUGUUUUAAGUAGAUUUAGGAAAUCUGUUUUAUAUGCAGCUUGGGAGUAAUGGCUGUUUUGUCUUGGAAAAGUUUCUACUGAACAUGUUUUUAUAUUACCCACAAGGCAUCCAGUCAUUUACUAAAUAUUACUUUAAAUUCAGAAUGUGUAGUUGUUUUAUGUUAAAUUUUGUGAUUUUAAAUUUUAAUUUAUUGAAAUUUAGAUUUAGGAUUUUCUGGCUAGGAACCAGUAGUCGUACAGGGCUAGUUUCAAGACAAGUGUAGUAACCACUUGAUUUUGAUAUUAUCCAUUAUGUCGUUUGAUUUAAAUUAUUCAGAUGCCUAGGAGUGUCCCAAAAUUUAUAAUAUUAUCUCACCCAAGUCCGAAAUCAUAUGGCUUGCUGAGUUACCAAGUGGAUUUGAAAUAAUUAACCUGUACAUUUCUUUUAGCAAUGGCAGCAUGAAUUACUUUUAACUUUCACGGCUGCUUUUGACAGGCCUGUUACCUUUAAUAUGCAUUGUUAGAAAGAUUAUAAGUUAGACAAGCAUAAAUAUAUAUCAGUUACCUGUUUUCAUCUCUCAGUUACAGUCAGUCAUACUAAAGUAUUUGGCUGCUAGCUUUCCACAUUGAGGGGAAAAUGCUGCAUUUUUUAUAACCCUGUUUGAGUCCCCUCAGAAGCAGAGAAUUUAAAUAGAUAGUAUUGAUUAUUAUACCCCCACCAAACAUGUUUGAGGGGGGUAUAUAGGAGUCAGUUUUGUGGCGUCCCGUCGCGUCGCAUCCCGUCCCGUCCCGAAAUCUAUUAUCUCAGUUAUUACCAAAUGGAUUUGAUUCAAACUUAGAAUACAUGUUCCACCUUAUCACCCACAUCAUGUGACACAAGGUGCAUAACUCUUGACACCAAGUUUUCAUGAAUUAUGUCCCCUUUUACUUAGAAUUUAAGGUUAAUUUUGUUGUAUUUUCACUAUAUCUCAGUUAUUACUAAAUGGAUUUGAUUCAAACUUAAAAUAGAUGUUCCACCUUAUCACCCACAUCAUGUGACACAAGGUGCAUAACUCUGACACCAUUUUUUUAUGAAUUAUGCCCCUUUUUACUUAGAAUUUAAGGUUGAUUUUGAUGUAUUUUCACUAUAUCUCAGUUACUACUGAAUGGAUUUGAUUCAAACUUAAAAUUAGAUGUUCCACCUCAUCACCCACAUCAUGUGCCCACAUCAUGUGACACAAGGUGCAUAACUCUUACACCUAGUUUUCAUGAAUUAUGUCCCCUUUUACUUAGAAUUUAAGGUUAAUUUUGUUGUAUUUUCACUAUAUCUCAGUUAUUACUAAAUGGAUUUGAUUCAAACUUAAAAUAGUUGUUCCACCUCAUCACCCAGAUGAUGUGACAUAAGGUGCUUAACUCUGACAUAAAUUUUUUAUGAAUUAUGUCCCCUUUUACUUUAAAUUUAAGGUUGAUUUUGAUGUAUUUUCACUAUAUCUCAAUUAUUACAAAAUGGAUUUGAUUCAAACUUAAAAUAGAUGUUCCACGUCAUCACCCACAUCAUGUGACACAAGGUGCAUAACUCUGACACCAAUUUUUCAUGAAUAAUGGCCCUUUUUACUUAGAAUUUAAGGUUAAUUUUGAUGUAGUUUCACAAUAUCACAGUUACUACUGAAUGGAUUUGAUUCAGACUUAAAAUAGAUGUUCCACCUCGUCACCCACAUCAUGUGACACAAGAUGCAUAACUCUGACAUUAAUUUUUCUUGAAUUGUGUCCCCUUUUACCUAGAAUUUAAGGUUAAUUUUGAUGUAUUUUCACUUUAUCUCAUUCUGAUUGGCUUUGAGCCAAAGAGAAGUAACCUUUUUUUAACUUUUGUACUGAGUUUCUUCCCCUUAAAUUCCAGGAAUUAGUCUAUUUUUAGAAAUCCUAUUUUUAGAUUUUCAAUAUUUUAGGUAUUUUUCUAACUUUUUUAUUGUAAGUCCUAUGUAAAAAGUAAAAAACAUUUUUCUGUGGUAAUAUGGGUCAGUAAGACACUUUUUUGUAUUCACUUUUAGUGUAUCUCUAAUAUUAGAGAUUUAAUAUAUUUACUAGUAUUACUAUACUAGUAUUACUUAUAUGUGGAAGCCCAGGAUGAAGUACUCCAAAGUAUUUUUAAGAUUUCUUAUGGUUGCCAUUCUUCUGUGACAAGACCGUAUGGUGGGGGUAUGAGUCACUCCUGUGACAGUUCUAAUUUUUGAGCUGAAGAAUUUCAGUUUUGUCAAAUGAUUCCUAAGAAAAUAUUGUACAAAAAACAUAGAAUUUUACCUGGAAACUGGUUCCUAGCCAGUACAUAUUAACUACCAAAAACUAAACUAUUAAGUUACCAAGUGCCUUACUUAAAGUUAGACACACAGUAUAAUUUUAACUGAAGAAUUUAUGUAUUUCCAGUUCAACUAAGUUAGUAGUUCUCUCAAGAUAUCUGCCUAUUAUGAAGCAGAAUAAUAAAAGAAAUGCAUUAUUUUAGGUAUUUUGUAUCAAUUUUAUGCAUAUCAACUGCUUUGUGAAGAUCAGAUAAGUUCAUUGUUUCAUUUUCUAUGUCAAAAAUACCUUUGAAAUGGCAAAUGCAUUCUCUGUAGGCAGUUCAAAGGCAUUCUGAAUAUAACAUCAUUGAGGUCAUUUAUGGAUUUACAUUUGCCUGAAAAAUGAAUUUGAACUGAAACCCAUGUUAUUAAUUUUGCAGUUUUGAAAUAGAAUUGAGAUACCGUAUUUUGGUGUGUAUAGGUCGCGGUAAUGUACAGUCCGCAUCUAAUUUUUGCUCUGGAAAUGGUCGGAAAAUUUAACUUCUAGCGUAUUAGUCGCAGUUAAAUUUCGGAUUUUUUCCCCAGCAAUAUUUAAUAUUUACCGGCAAAAAAGUUAUGGCGGCGGCCAUAUUGAUGCCGCGGACUGAAUUAUUAUCAGAACCUGAUUGGUGGAAAUCGGACUGUGUUAUUUUCGUUCCCAACCGUUUCGUACCAACAGUAGUAUCGGUAACAGACUACAUCAAAGAAAAGCGGCUUUUUGACACUAAUUGGCAGCAGACGUCUCUUAUCAUGCAAGUUUAAGUGUGAAUUGUUUGCACAGCAAUUAUAACACCUUUCCGUGUCAUGUAAUUAACCGCGUUCUUUUGAUUCUGAGUAAAAAGAUUAACAAAAUAUCUCUUUUUGGAUUUUUUUCUUUUAUUUAAAAAUCAAAAGUAAAAAAUAAUCAUUCAAGCUUUUUAAUACACUAAGAAUUAGUAUAAACAAUGUUUGGAAUGGAGGACGGAUCUGUCCGGAUUUUAUCCAACCCGGAGUACAUGUCAAUGGCGUCCAGUAAAACGAAAGUAGAAACAAACGUAAUUCAGACUGCAAAAACAUCUUUGAAUUAAAGUCAUUCGUAAUUUUAAUAGUCUGUAUGGGUUAUUUACGAUAUAUUUUAUUGAAAGUAACCGCUAUUGGUUGAAAAGCCGCCGAUAUUGAUAUUUUUUUAUCCAUUUUGUUCGUUCGUAACAGAUGCACGUAAUUUUGCGAGAGCUACGGUCAGAAUAUUGGCCCGAAAAAAAAACUGCUGGCAAUGUUCUGUCGUAUAGGUCGCAGGAACUUUUUCAGGCAGCAAAAUGGGUAGAAAAAGUGCGACCUAUACACACUAAAAUACGGUAAUUUUUUAUAAAUUGAAUAAAAUUUAAUUUAAAUAUUUCCUUAUCAUGCCAUCAUUAUAUAUAUUUACGUGAAGAAUAAAAUGUUGAUUACA